AUGGCGGUGCUGCACGCGUACGACUACAUUUUCGCCAUCGGCACCCUGUUCGCCAUGCUGGAUGCCUUCAAUAACGGCGCAAACGAUGUGGCCAACUCCUGGGCAACCAGUGUCUCCUCCCGCUCCAUCUCCUACCGUCAGGCCAUGAUCUUCGGCACCGUCUUCGAAAUGCUUGGCGCCAUUACUGUCGGAGCUCGCACUGCGGAUACCAUCAAGAACGGCAUCAUCCCCAACUCCGCCUUUCAGAACAACGCAGGUGUCCAGAUGCUGGCUUUUACUUGUGCUCUGGCUGCUGCCUCCUCCUGGGUUAUGUGGUGCACCCGGCACUCGGCUCAUGUCUCGUCGACCUACUCGUUGAUCUCUGCCGUUGCAGGUGUCGGGGUGGCCACUGUUGGCGCCUCUCAUGUACAGUGGGGAUGGAACAAUGGCAAAGGACUUGGAGCCAUCUUUGCCGGGCUGGGCAUGGCUCCCAUUAUCUCCGGAGGCUUUGCGGCUGCCAUUUUCAUGCUGAUCAAGUUGGUUGUGCUCAUCCGCAAGAAUCCCAUACCUUGGGCCGUCUACAGCUCGCCGUUCUUCUUCCUCAUCGCUGCCACCAUUUGCACCUUGUCCAUCGUCUACAAGGGUUCUCCUAGUCUGGGUCUCACCAAGAAGCCUGGUUGGUACAUUGCAGCCGUCACCAUGGGUACUGGUGGCGGGGUUGCCCUUUUGUCCGCCAUCUUCUUCGUUCCCUUUGUGUACUCCCGUGUCAUCAAGAAGGACCAGAGCGUCAAGUGGUGGAUGUUCAUCCUGGGGCCCAUGUUGCUGACACGUCCCGCUGUGGAUACUGCCGAGCAAGCCAAGGUGCCCAACUAUGCUGUUGUUCAGGAGAGCUCCGAGGACCUGAGCGCACGCUCGCCGGAUACCCUCGUCGGGGACGACGCCAAAAAGAGCACGCAGGGCGGAAUUGAGUCGAUCCAGUCGCGCAGCGAAGAAGGCGAGAAGAGGCAGGUGAUCGGGGAAUCAGCUCAACUGACCUACAAGGAGCUGAUGGAGCAAUCCGACCGUCGACUGCGGGGACGGUUGCUCAAGAAGCGCGGACCCAUCGGCUGGGCGAUGCGCACUCUCCGUGACAAUCCCAUGGGCGCCGGUCAGCUGUACGAGCUGCACAAUCUGGUGAUACUGGCGAAGCGCAUCCCUGCGAUGAUUGUGUGUGGCCUUCUGUAUGGUUUGCACUACGACAUCCACGCGGCCCAGACCGGCAUUUCAGGCACCCCGGAAGGCAAGCGCAUGCAGCGAGUGUACGCCCACGCGGAGAAGUACCCUAACGAGGUUGAGCACACCUAUUCGUUCGUCCAGGUGCUGACGGCCUGCACUGCGUCGUUUGCCCAUGGUGCUAAUGAUAUCGGCAACUCGGUCGGGCCCUGGGCGGUCAUCUACUCGGCCUGGUCGACCGGAAAUGCGGCGGCAGCCAAGGCACCGGUCCCAGUGUGGCAGUUGGCAGUGCUGGCCGCGUGUAUCUCGAUUGGCUUGAUUACUUAUGGCUACAAUAUCAUGAAGGUCAUGGGCAACAAGAUUACCUACCACUCGCCGAGUCGGGGGUGCUCGAUGGAAAUGGGGGCCGCCAUCACGGUGCUUGUGUUUUCGCAAUACUCGCUGCCGGUGUCGACGUCGAUGUGCAUCACAGGGGCUACCGUGGGGGUUGGUCUGUGCAAUGGGACGUUCAAGGCCGUCAACUUCCAGCGUGUCGGACUGCUGCUGCUGGCAUGGAUCAUGACGAUCCCGAUUGCGGGUACGUUGGGUGGGAUUCUGAUGGGACUGUUUCUUAACGCGCCACACUUUGCAUGAUGGUUUUUUUUUUUAUUUACUUUCAAUGGGGAGGAAUGCUUGUGUUUUGUUGCGCGCACAGUAGAGAGAGGGGGGCCAUCUGAGCGGU